UUCAGCUAUCUGGUGUUACAGUCAGUGUGAAAGACGACUUCAUUCUUGUUCAGGUGCUUGAGGUAGGCGGUGUUCAGAGCAUCAAUGUUGGCACUGGCAUCGUUAAUGGCAAUUGGUAUAAACUGACACUCACCGUGGGUAACAUUGAUGCAAGAUUGUUGACUGUCUCAGUUGGUACAGAGGACGACAAUAGCUUAUACUCACAGCCAACAUUUUCCUCGCUGCCAAUCCGACUAGAGAUGCCUUUAUUCAUGGGUAAACUACAUAAUGACAACUCACUCUCCACUGUGCUAAGCAUGGUGGAGACAGACACCAGUUUCACUGGAUGUAUCCGUGAUGUCUACCUUGGUGACCAGUUAUUAGAUCUCCAGUUGGCUUCCACGUAUACUAGCCAGGAUCCGGUACAAGCUUCACCCGGGUGUCCCAGAGAUGAACUUUGUUACACAAAGCCCUGUCAGAAUGAAGCUGCAUGUGUAUCAUUAUGGGAUGGAUUUACAUGUGUAUGUAGUCCAGAUUACACUGGGGAUGACUGUUCAGAAGUCAAGGCAACCACAUACAAUGGUAAUAACAGUACUAUGCAGUUGAGAAUUGACACCCAACUUGUCGGUUUUGGUGAUGAAUUCUCGUUAGAUUUCCGCACACGUGACUAUAGUGGACUGGUAAUGAGAAUUGAUAUUGUGUCAGACUCUCUGACUGGAACGAUAUCCUAUAUGUUGUUGAAAGUCGUAGAUUUUAUGCCUCAAUUUGAAGUCUUCUUUGGACAAGAAAUUCAAGUCAUCGAUAUUCCUGUUACGGUUACCGAUGGUAACUGGUAUCACAUAGAAUGGACACGACAGCGCAGUGAAAUAAGCGUAGAUUUCCUUGACCUCAACUUCACAGUAGUAGGUAGUUACGAUAUGUAUCAGCCACAGAGGAAUGACAUCAUCGAUGUCUAUAUCGGCGGUUACCCUGGAGUGUGCCGCAAUGGUGGGACUUGCACAAAUCUGCCAGGUUCGUACUCCUGUGACUGCGCUAGUGGUUUUCGUGGUACCAGCUGUAAUGAAGAUAUUAACGAAUGUAAUGAACUUGAAGAUGCAUGCAUUCAUGGCACGUGCACAAAUACAUUCGGAAGCUACACAUGUAUGUGCAAUGUGGGUUAUACAGGUGCAACAUGUGAUUUGAAUAUAGACGAGUGUUCAAGCCAAUCAUGUGAGCACAAUGGGACGUGCAUUGAUGAGGUGGGCGGUCACCGAUGUGACUGUACAGGCACUGGUUAUGAAGGUGAUAUUUGUAACGUUGACAUUGAUGAGUGUGAAACCAAUCAACACGAAUGUCAAAACGGUGGUGAAUGCGUCAACAAAGUGGGCACAUAUAAUUGUAUUUGCAGUGCUGAAUAUACUGGUGUCUACUGCGAGAUUGCUGCUGAAACUGGAGUGUCAUCCACGAUAAUCAUUGUGAUCAUCAUUCUAAUAAUUAUAUUGGCUAUAAUUUUAAUUCUCUGCUGUCUUUGGAAAGUCCGUGACUCUCGGAAGCAGAAGGGGAAAUACAAACCAUCCAUGGCUGAGAUGCAAGUUGGUACGCCGUUAUCGAACAUGAUAGAUGCAGAUGCAGAUGAAAGACUUGUGUGAAUUCAAACAUCGAAUUUCAACUUAGAACUAACAGACUUCAGUACUUUAUAAUCAUGUGUGGACAAAAUUAUAUAUCAAUGGUGGCUGCCGUCUUGUAUAUGCAAAUGACAUUUUAAUGUAUGCAGCCAUCUUCAAUUAUGCUAAUAAGCAAAUGAAUAUUUGGACAGCUGCCAAAAACUGGAGCUGGACUCCAAGUAUUUCUGUUUUUGUAGUGAUUUUGUAAAAUGUGUGAUGAUGACAAUUCUAGGUUGACACUUUUAUUCAAAUAUUGGACUAAUUUGUGUGGUUGUUUCCACUGUUUUAUUUCCAAAUCAUUCCAUAAAAA